AGCAAACACGAAGUCACGAUCUUAGGAGGACUCAACGAAUUCGUUGUGAAGUUUUAUGGACCACAAGGAACACCGUAUGAAGGUGGCGUAUGGAAAGUUAGAGUCGACCUUCCUGACAAAUACCCUUUCAAAUCCCCGUCUAUAGGAUUCAUGAAUAAAAUUUUCCAUCCCAACAUUGAUGAAGCGUCAGGAACUGUAUGUCUAGAUGUAAUCAAUCAGACUUGGACAGCUCUCUAUGAUCUCACCAAUAUAUUUGAAUCGUUCCUGCCCCAGCUGCUGGCCUAUCCUAACCCUAUAGAUCCUCUAAAUGGUGACGCUGCAGCCAUGUACCUCCACCGACCAGAAGAAUACAAACAGAAAAUUAAAGAAUACAUUCAGAAAUAUGCAACAGAAGAAGCACUAAAAGAACAGGAAGAAGGCACCGGGGACAGCUCGUCCGAGAGCUCCAUGUCCGACUUCUCGGAAGAUGAGGCUCAGGAUAUGGAGUUGUAGUAGAAGAGGCGACCUGCUUUUCAGAGAGACUCGUAAUUUCCUAACCAUGAGAAGCAGACUAUAAUAUUCAUAUUUAAACAAAGCAAUUUUUUUUAUUACUAAACAAGGUUUUUAUGAAUAAUAGCAUUGAUAUAUAUAUAUAUAUAACCCUUUAGAUCACCCUUUUUUUUUUUUUUUUUUUUUUUCUUUCUUGGUCAUUUCUCGAACCCGAGGUGCAUCAUCGCAUAUUCCCACAUUCCAUUUUGGUAGCAAUAUGCAGCCCGAAUGCAUGCAUUCAGAUUCCA